AAUAGAGAGAUGACAGAAAGGCUUGCUUUGGCACUUAGCGAUAAAAAGCAACUUGAUUAUGAGUGCUUCGUGAUGGCAAAUCGUCUGAAAGAAAAGGAGCAGGAAUUGGGUGCACUAAAUGAGAAGCAUUUUGAAUCAAAACAGAAAGAUAUGCCACUUGAAGAAGCAAUGGAGGUAUGCGGUCGGGUUGCAUAGCUUUAAAUUUCAUACCACUGAAAGUGUUAAUCGUUUAUUGGGCAUAUACAUAUGUAAGACUCAGCUGAUGACGUGGUUCUCCCUGUGCAUUAAGCCUUAUAUAAAAAGAUGUCUUGACUAAAUGUUAAGUUGAUUUGUAGAGAAAAGAGCUUUUUCUAAUAAACCGCUCAAACGAUACAGCAAACAAAAGAUUCUUCAAUAAGGCACUCAAACGAUAUAGCUUACAAUGACAUAUUGAGGAUUUACGUUCAUGUUAAAAAACAAGCUAAUUUUUUUCUUGCAGGGGAAUUCGUCUUUGAACAAGAGCCUUUUGGAAGAAAAUAUCCGAUUGAAGGAAGUGGUAAAGCUGUUGUCUAUGGAGAAUCAAGAGCUUGGAAAGAAAGGCUCUCUGCUUGCUAAUGAUGUUGAAGCAAAGACAACAGAAGUGAACAUCUUGGAAAUGCGGAUAAAAAACCUGGAGAGUCAAGUCGAGGACAACCUAGUUAUUGACUUAGAUGAGAAAGAUGACGAUGAAAAGACCCUUACAGGGGAGGAAGAAUGGGAAAUGCAGAAUGUAGAGGAGGUAAAUGAAGGGAAUUCUGAUGGUGGGUCUGUUAUUCUGGAAUUUCAUCAAAAUGAAUGGGGUGAGAAGACAAACUUGCAGGACUACUCCAACCAAGUUGAAGAGCUGGAAUUGAUGCAAGGGUUUUUUGUCAAAAUAGCUAAACAUCUAAACAUUGACGAAGAUAUCGAUUCUCAGGAUGGCUAUGGUGUUGUUGGAAGGAAAUUUAAAAUGUUCCAAGAUGUUGAGAGCAAAAUUUUGGAUAUAAAAAAGGACAACGAGGAUCUUAAAGAAGAAACCAAAGAAUUGAAAAGUCUCGUCGAGUUCUUGGAAUUCGAGCAAAAAUUCACAAAGGAAGAUUCUGAGCAAUCAAAAGAAGUGAAUAUCAAAUUGAAAAGCAAACUUCAAGAAGCUGUUGAAAAUGAAAAAGAAAUGCAAGGCCAAUUGUCAACAUGGAGUCAAAUGUGUGGUAAGCUUUUUGCCACUGUUAAAAAGACAGAGCAGAAAGCAAAAGCGAUGCGCUCCAUGGAAAGAAGAACCAUUGUCGCAGCGAAACGUGUACAAAGAAAACGAUUGGAAAAGAAGUUUAAAGGCAUUCGUGCUAAACUUGCUGCUUGUGUUGCAAAAGGUAAUAUUGCGAAGAGUUGUAUAGAUGCUUUGGCAGGUAAGAAUUUGGAGCUUGAACUGCAAGUCGAUUUGCUUCAAUGUAACAACGAAGAGAUAAGAAAACAAAAAGAUGAAUUAGAAAAAGCAUACAAGCAUGAAAUGCAAGACAAUAUGCGCAUGCUAGAUGAAGUGGAAGGCUUGAGAGAGGAAGCAGAUAAGGCCAAGAGUUUUAGAACAGCCUUGAAUGUUCAAAGAAAAGAAUUAGACUCAGUCAAAUGUGAACAUUUCACGCUUCUGAAGGAGUUUGAAGAAAAGAAAGUCCUUCAUGCUAAUUGCCAAAGGAAGCUAAAGGUUGCAUUGAUAUGUAAAGAGAUGAUCCAGAAAAGACUUGAAAAGGAAGAGAAGGGAUAUGAAGAAUGCGAAAGAAAAUUGAUUGAGUCAAAGACAGACAUGGCCAAUGUCCAGGAGAAGUUUCAGGAUGAUAUCCAAGCAAUUUUAGAAGAAGUCAGAGUUUUACAAGAGAAAAAAGAAGAAGAUCUGAAGGAUCUAGAGGGUGAAAUGGAGAUGCGAUUUAUGUACGAAACGAAGUUAGAGGAAUAUAUUUCCGAGAAAAAGAAACUGGAAGUAAUUCUUGAGAAUGCGAUUGAGAAAAACCAGGAAGCUGAAAAUAUAAUCUGUGCUUUACACCAGAUUAUCGAAAAGAAGAAGAAGCCGAAAAGAAGCCGGUUCGCCAGAUUCUUUAGACGGGAAUCAGAAUAGAAAACAAACAUUUCUCCACUAACAGUUUAGUAGUAGUAGUUUUUUCAUUCAGUCAAAAUAUGACUUUGUAAAACAUUUAUAAAUCUUUCUAUUAUAUUCCUAUUUUGUUGAAAGCUUUGUUCUUUGUGUCUGCUUUAUUUUCCCAUUGAAUACUCACUGCGUUUGGU